UGGCGACGCGCGCGGCGGAGGAAAGCGAGCGAAGAAUAAGAGAGGAGACCUUUAUCUCGCUCGUACCUUCUCCUCUCUUUCCCUCUCUCUCUAGAAGAAAUCUUCUCCCUGCCAACGCCCGUCCAUCUCGACGGCCGGCGUGCUCUUAUAAUCGUAAGAGAUCACGAUUCCUCCUCUAUUGCCUUCCCGUUCCUUUCUCCCACGUCUCUCGUUUUAUUACAUGAUAUAAUUCUUCUGCGGUAAAUCCAAGGAUCAGGGAAAAUCGCUGUUAGGGUUCUUGUCGCUGGCAGGAUUGCUAAUUUCUUCUGGAUCUCGGGAAUAAUCGGAAGGAGUCACGAUGAGCGAGGUGUUUGAAGGCUACGAGCGCCAGUACUGUGAGAUCUCGGCAUCUCUCUCCCGGAAGUGCUCAUCGGCUGCUGUUCUUGAUGGAGAGCAAAAGAAGCAGAAAGUUUCCGAGAUUAAAUCUGGAAUAGAUGAUGCGGAAGCUUUGAUUAGGAAGAUGGAUCUGGAGGCAAGAAGUUUGCAGCCGAGCGUGAAGGCUGGAUUGCUCGCAAAGUUGAGAGAGUACAAAUCCGAUCUGAAUAAUUUGAAGGGUGAGCUUAAGAGGAUUUCGACUGCUAAUCCUAAUCAAGCUGCAAGAGAGGAGUUGCUGGAGUCUGGGAUGGCAAAUACACUAGCGGUAUCUGCUGAUCAAAGGGGAAGGUUAUUGAUGUCAACAGAGAGACUGAAUCAAUCUUCUGAAAGGAUCAAGGAGAGUAGAAGAACUAUGUUGGAGACAGAAGAUCUUGGUGUCUCAAUUCUUCAAGACCUCCAUCAACAACGCCAGUCUCUAUUGCAUGCUCAUAGUACACUGCAUGGGGUGGACGAUAAUAUUGGCAAGAGCAGAAAAGUCCUAGCAGCCAUGUCCAAAAGAAUGGACAGGAACAAGUGGAUAAUUGGAGGCAUUAUCCUGGUUCUUGCGCUGGCUAUUAUUCUAAUCCUGUAUUUUAAGCUUCGCUAGACAUUGCUACUGAAGAUUUCAAUGCGUCUCUUUUGUGGUUUAAGCGCCGGUGAAUGAUGAACAUUCGGCUGGGCCUAUCUUCUGUCUGUUUUCCGUUUUCAGUCUCCGCGUGUAUCUAAAACAUUUGUUUCUUAUGGAAAAACAUUAUUUUGUGUGUA